AUGGAUCCAUAUAGGUUGGAUAACUGGAAGCGUAACAGCGAGCCUGAUAGGUUACCAUCUGCUAUAUGGACCGCAGUAUUCGAUUAUGCAGCAACCAAAGAAGAUGAGUUGACACUAAAGAGAGGGGAACAGGUUCAAAUUCUCUCCACUGAUUCCUCGAUUUCUGGAGAUGAUGGUUGGUGGACAGGAAGUGUUAGAAAUACUGUUGGGAUUUUCCCCAGCAACUUUGUUACUAAAGAAGACAAACUUCAAAAUGUGCAAGAGUACCUUCCGUCCAGUCGUGAUUCGAAGAGACCGUUUGAAAUUGAUUAUAAAGAGUUAAAGCUAUCAGAAGUGAUAGGUGUGGGAGGGUUUGGUAAAGUGUAUCGAGGAACAUGGAAAAAUGAAACGGUAGCUAUCAAAACGGCGCGACAUGAUGAUCCUGAUGAACCCCACAGUGCCAUAGAAAAUAUUGUUCAAGAGGCCAAAUUAUUUUGGUUACUAGAUCAUGUGAAUAUAUCUAAUUUAGUUGGUGUGUGUUUGAAAGAGCCAAAUCUAUGCUUAGUUAUGGAAUAUGCUGCUGGUGGUUCUUUAAACCGUGUGUUGAGUGGUGGUCGAAGAAUUCCUCCAGAUAUAUUAGUGGGUUGGGCUGUCCAGAUAGCUCGAGGAAUGUAUUAUUUACACGAAGAAGCUCCACUACCUUUAAUUCAUCGUGAUUUAAAAUCUAGCAACAUUUUAUUGAAAGAAGCAAUUGAAGAUAAUAAUUUGGAUUAUAAAACCAUCAAGAUUACAGAUUUUGGACUAGCUAGAGAAGUUCAUAAAACAACGAGAAUGAGUCAAGCUGGAACUUAUGCAUGGAUGGCACCUGAAGUUAUUAAAUGUUCACGUUUCUCUAAAAGUAGCGAUGUGUGGAGUUAUGGUAUUGUAUUAUGGGAGUUAUUGACUGGUGAAACACCAUAUAAGGGAAUUGAUACUUUAGGCGUAGCAUACGGUGUUGCUGUGAACAAACUCAAAUUACCCAUACCAGCAACAUGCCCUGAACCCUUUUCAAGAUUGAUGUCCGAUUGUUGGGAUCAAGAGCCACAUGAACGACCAACGUUUGGUGAAAUACUCGACAGACUGGAUGACAUUUCUACCUCACCUUUUGUCAGUUAUCCACAAGAAUCAUUUCAUACCUUACAAGAAGACUGGAAGUUAGAGAUUGAAGCUAUGUUUGAAGAGCUACGCAGCUGUGAGAAGGAUUUAAGAUGUAGAGAAGAGGAAAUAACAAAAGCAGAACUACAACAAAAACAUCACGAAGAAUCUUUGAAGAAACGUGAACAAGAAUUAGCUGAAAGGGAGAUUGAAUUAUUGGAACGAGAAUUAAAUGUUUUGAUUCUACAGCAAGUUAUUCAAAAGCCAACUCCAAAUAAACGUAAAAGGAAAAGUAAAUUAAAAAAUCUUCGAAUUCAUGGUGGAAAAUACAUCAGUGAACCUUCAGGAUUUCGUCAUAAUAUCACAGUUCAGAAAGACAUGGAACAACCUAUGGCUUCCAGUCCUGAGAGCCCGCCUGUCUCUCCUGCUCAAUCAGGCCAAUCUAUUCCACGUCUCCGAGCAAUAGCAUGUAAGUAG